AUGCCAGCUCGAGAGCGCUUUGAAGAGGAAUGGAAGCGCUACGAGCAGUUGAAAGCCGAGGUCCAGCAGAGUGCCGCGAAGCAGAGGUCGCUAGCGAUGGAGGUGCUGACGGCUAACCGAGAGCUCUUCGAACGGGAGCAAGAGACUCUGAAGGAGGAAGACGCUGCUGUCAUCGCUGUGGAGCGUAAGCGACGAAUCGCUGAGAAGGAGGAGCAGGCCGCCGCGAAAGCCAAAGCUGAGGCCGAAGCGCGCAAAGCGCAGCAACCCAGCACGGGGAAAGCCAGCGUCGUGCCGGUGUUCGCGCGUGACUCGGUGGCCAAGAAGGGUCUCACCCUUGCAGCGGACGACCAAGUGUUCGAGCAAGAGCUCCGAGAUUUCGCCGUGGCGCAGCGAGUGGAUCGCUUGUAUCUGUCGAUUCCAUUGACAAGAGAUCAAAGAGUCCGCGAGCGCCACCGACUUGAGCCCGAAUUCGUGCACACGAAGCACGUGGAGUCGCGGGUGCUGGAAGCAGAGAAGAUUGAGUUCGAUCUCCUUGAGAAGAGUGCUCUGCGGCACGAGGAAGCUGCGACGAAAGCUGCGGAGCUUCGGGAACUGUGCGAACAGAUCCGUGACCAGCAACGCAGCGUCGAGGACGAGUUGGUCAUCGUUGAGGCUUCAAUCGCCCGACUAGAGGCAGAGACCGCACCGCCUCCGGAACAACCAAGACCGACGGAUGAAGAGCUGGAGCGAGCUGCCGGGAGGUAUUUGACUGUGGAACCGCUCUCCAGUGACGAGGAUGAAGGAGAAGCGGAAGCUCCUUCUGGUUAUGUUGAUGACGCACGCAUGAAGAUGGAUGAAUCCGAGCUGCGGGAGCUCAAGGCGUUCACCGACGCUGAGCUCGCCUGGCGUCGAUGGGAGAAAGCUGAGAAGACUCGCUGCACCAAACUGAACAAACUCUCGGACCGACACUCGCUGUUGACGACGUCGCAGAAGCAGCUUGCCGUGGAUUUGGCGCUUUACGAAGACGCGGACGCGCCGUUCUUCGAGCGUUUGCGAGACUUAGAGAAGGCCGCCAACACUCGGAUGUGGGAUCUCCAGGCCCAAACUCAAGUGGUGCGAGCUCGGUUCGUAGUGGAGCGUGCAGCGCGUGAAGAGUCUGUGUUCCAGAUGCGUGACCGCCUGAAGGAGCUCCAGCAGCAGCUGGAAGACGCCUACGCGUUGCCAAUGCAAGCCAUUCAUCCGUUGGAGCGAGUCCAACUCGAGGCGCAGUCUCAAAAACUGGUCGAGUCGCUCAAGAAGCAGGAGGCCGAACUGCAGGCUCGAUACGCCAAAGAGGAGGAGGCGAAGGCGCUGCUGGUGUCCCUGGAGCUGCGAUCGUGUGACUACACGGACGCGAAGCUGCAGGAGGAGACGAAGCUGUUCACUGAGAAGCAGGCGCUCUGGGACCUCAAUUUCACGCUCGUGGACGAGCUGCAGAGCUGCCGUCAGACCAUCGAGCGGCUUUACCUGUUCAUGCAGGACGACGAGCCGAAGCCGAAGCUUGAGAGGAACGAGCAAGACCAAGGGUCUGAAGCCUUGUACGAAGAGAACGCUCGCGUGUUCGAGACCAAACUUCAAUACUUGCAGCAAGUUAGGCGGUUCUUGUUCAUGUGCUAUGACCGAGAGGACCGAUGGCGUGCACUGGCCGCCACCACCUUCAUCAAGGACACGACGUCGGACGAGUGGAUGACGAGCAUGCAGCUAUCUCGACAGGAAGACACACUGGCGCUGCUGCAGACGCAGCACGAAGAGCAGCAGCAAGCUCUGCAGCGCCAAAUCAAGCUGCUGACCAAGGUCAAGGCUUCCUUGCAAGCGCAGAUCGAAGACCUGAACGCGAAGAUGCAGCGCUUGCAGAGCGACUACCAGGCUGCUAGUGAAAAGGUCCGGUUGCAGACCCAGGAGGUCAUCAGAGCUCUCCGUGCUGAGACUGAGGAGCACAAAGCGGCCCUCGAGAAGGAGCAGCUCAGGUUUCGUUCAGACCGUGAGCGGCUCAUUCGCGAACACGAUGCGAUUCGAGAAGAGCUCGAGAAGCGACUGCAGGGCCUUGACGACGUGAUUGACAAGCAAACGCACUGGCUUACGGCUGCCAAACGAGAGCUGCAUGCGCAGCGAGUCGCCAACGAGGAGCUGCUGAAGGCGUACCAGUCGCUCGAGAAGCGCCGUGCAGCCGAGGUGAACGACAUGCGCUUCCGCAUCUCGGCGCAGAUCAAGAAGAUCAACAACAUCGAGAUGUGGAACCUGUCCAUGAAGAUCUCGGCCAAGGAAGCCCACACGGACUUCAUCAACAUGCAGAAGGACAUGGCCAAGCAGCAGCAGCAACACAAGCAGCUGCAACGCGGGCUACGGCUGCUGAAUUGGCGGCACCGCGUGACAGCGCAGACCAUUCUCACGGACGUCAACUUGCUGUUCGCCUUCUUCGCCGACGGAAUCGCGAUCUUGGCUGGCACCACAUCGGAGAUCAACGACGCGCUUCGGGAGAACGCAGGCAUCGAGGUGCUUGCUGCGCUCGCGCGACAUUCAAGUCAACAGUCGGUACGAGCGAUAUGCGCUCGCGCUCUUGGGCAGUUGUCGUGGAAUGCCAACGUCACGGCUCGAUCGCUGGGGUGGAAGGCGAAGCAGAAGUGGUUCCAGUGGAUGAAGACGCAGUCCACCGUCGUGCUGGACACGCUGUCAGCGUCUAACACAGCGUUUGAUGCUGUCGCUGAGGAGGAAGCGACUGAGAUGAACUGGCUGGCUGAUCCUAGCGCCCCUAUCGACGACAUUUCUGGCGAGAGUGACCACGACUUGAGCUCCAAAGGAGGGAGAGACAAGGCCAAGAAGCUCUUGUUCACUCAGACGUGGCAGCAGUUCGAUGGUAAGGCGUUCCCCGACACCAACGUGGCCAACCAGCAGUACAUGGGGCUCUCGUCCAACGUGCUGCAGAUCAUUCUGGAUCUGUGCAGGUCGCCUGAGACGGACAAGCUGGUCAAGCGCAAUGCCUUGCACUCGCUAGCUCUGAUCGUGCGAAGCUCGAGGAAUACGUCGAUCAUUGGACGUCUAGACGGGAGCAUCGCGCUGCUGAUCAGCCUGCUGGAGCCCAAGUCGGACCUGAUCAGUGACGAGGACCCUCACAUCGUACGUCACGCAGUCCAAGCGCUCGCGAACCUGGCGUAUCGAAACUCAUUCAACCAGCAGCUCAUUUACACACAAGGCGGUAUUCCGCUGCUGCUUCGCCUCUGUGAUCGAGCUGUCAACUCGAGCGACGCGCUGGAUGCAGACGUUGACUUGACUCUGGCCACGACGCAGACGCUCUCUCACCUCUCACACGACCACGUCUUGUCCUGCCAGGCCAUUGUUGAAGCUCGCGGCAUCUCCAUCCUCACCAGACUGUGCAACUCACCAAGGAUCCACGACGCAAUUGACUUGGAGGUCUACGAGCUCAUCCAGACGUACGCGUCGCAAGUGAUCGCCAACGUGAUCACACUGCUAGACCAAGAAGACAGCGAGAGCGACAACCGGUCGUAUCACGUCGCAGACUUCAUCCUCGAGGAGCAAGCCGAACCUCCACGGUACUCAAGCGGUGUUGACCCUGCCAUGAAAAAGCCCAACCACGACAACCAGACGCAGCACAACGACGAGCAGCUUGCUCAGCUAUCUCCGAAGCACGCCGGCGUCUCCACGUUUGUAUUGAUGUGUGCAUCGUGCAACCGCAACGUGGCAUUCCAUGGCGCAGUUGUGCUGGGCAGCAUCGCUCAACAUGACGCCAUUCGAGGCGCGAUAGGAGCAGCGAGCGGAAUGGAUGCGCUCUUCUUGCUUGCAGCGCGUACUGAGGACUUACCGAUGGUAGCACAAGCCACUUGGGCGUUGGCCAACCUCACGUGGAAUCGAGACAACCAGUAUCGCGUCGCGCGGUAUAUCGAUCAGCUCUACCAGAUCUGCACAUUGGGGUCCAGUCACACUGCGCCAGUCUCGCUCAAUCAACAGGAAGCUAACCUGCAGCACGAAGAAAACCAAGACGGCGACGAGAUGCAACCAGAGGACCCCGCUACCACGGCGCAACGCAAACAGCAGGACGACCUACUCAUGCGGCAAAUUCGCGAGCACGGCUUGUGCAUCGUGGCCAACUCGCUAUUCUACAACGACGCCAACCGCCAGCUAGUCGCGUCACACGCAGACUGGAUGCAGCUUCUCGCUCGCAACGCUCUUGAAGCGGACGGCGCCACAUUGGAGAACUCGGCUCGGGCGUUGUGUUCGCUGUCGUACAGCGACUCCAUCGCUCUGAGGAUGGGGGCGUCAGCUCUCGUUGAUUCCCCGAGCAAGGCGAGGAAUGCUAAGCCCACGCCGCAGUCGAUGACUGGGCUGCACGUAUUCAUCCGACUGUGCGGUCGAGCGGGGCACGUGGGGGUGCAGCAGCACGGUCUCUUCGGCGUCAUCAACUUGUGCCUCCACGACUCGAACAAGACGAGGAUGCUCGAGAUCCCACACGGCAUCGACACACUCGUGAACCUCAGCGGCCACAUGAACAAGGAGCUGAGCGAGCCGGCACUCGAGGCGCUGGAGCUGCUCGCCGACCUGCGUCAGCUGAAGCAAGACCACGGAAUCUCCUCCGCGCAGUCGUUCGAGUCCGUCGACAUGAAGAAGCUCAUCGCGUUGCUGUCGGACGCAACGAAUCCGUCCCUCGUGGCGAUGAUAAGCGACGCCAUCGCCAACGAAGUCUGGAAGCGACCCAGCGCCCAAGUGCGACUCCGCAACGAGCACGGCCUCGAGAAGCUGCUGGAGAUCUGUGCCAAGCCGUCGCCUCUGUUCCCCUCUGCUACGUCCGGGAGUUCUCCUGCUGCCGCCGCUGAGAUCGAGCGGCGAGUGCGGAUUUCUUGCCUGUGGGCGCUGCGGAAUACGGUGGCGAGCAACGUGCGCAACCAGAACCUUGUUGGAGCAUUGGGAGGCGUCCAGCAACUUGUAAGUGCUUAUGAUCGGGAGCGACAGAGCGAAGAAGUGGUGGAGGCUCUGCUGGCUGCACUGGUGGCUGUGGUCAUGAAGCACCCGCGGAACAGUCAGCAGCUCGUGCAAUUCGGACUCGACAUGCUCAUCGCGCUGGCCGACGGCACCGAGGACGGCGACAGACUCGAAGACGAAGAUCGACGCAGCAGAGGAGUUUUUCUACCGCCGUUGAACCCGUCAGCAGCAGCUCGUUCGACGGCAUCGUCUCCUUCCAAGAGGAACGCAACACUCGCUCGAGAGCUCCUGCAUCUGGUCGCCCCCUACAACACCCGGCAGGACGCACCUGUUUCUCCUGAUGCAAAGGUGAGAAGGAGGCAACAACUGCAGUCGUCGUCGGCUGCUUCACCCGUGCACAGACGCUAG